CUGCUCUACUGCGCUUAGUUACCUCCCACCGGUUCACUCCUCUCUCUUUCUAAGCCAUGCUGCUUUCACAAGAACCGGCGCUUUUUCACUUCCAAUUCCCACUCUCUGAGGUCACUUUCACGCCCACUGAAAUCCACGAGCUCUUGUCUCUCUUUGACUCCGAUUUUCCGGCCAACUCCGCGUCCGGUUCCGAAGCGGCCCGGAGGGUCUACUCUGAUGAGGAGCGGAAGCGGCGGCGGACCAUAUCGAACCGGGAGUCGGCCAAGCGGUCCAGGUGGAGGAAGAAGAAGCAUUUGGAGAACCUGACGGGCCAAGUGAACCGGAUGAGGACGGAGAACCGGGAGCUCAAGAACAGGCUGUGCUUGGCCUUGCAGCAGUGUCAUAUUGCGCAGAGAGAAACCGAGCAACUUCAAACCGAGCGGUUCUUGCUGCAGCAAAGACUCUCCUAUUUAUGCCAAAACUUGCUUUCCAUGCACUUGCAAGAACAAUAAUCUUAUUGAUAUAUAUUAUAUAUUCUCAUUACAAUUUUGAAUAAAUCUAUCAUUUUCCUCAACUUUAGACAAAUCAUCAUGAUCUCAAUCCAAUAUGCAUACUCUCUCUC